AUAAUAGCAGCACAGGUUUGUUAUUGUUUGUGUGCAACGUAGCGUUUUGUUAGCAAUUUGUUUUUUUUAGUACGAAGCAAGACUAUUGUUGUGUCUGUGUGCAACGUUUGGUAAGCAAUUUGUUUUAAGUACGAAGAAAUUAUUUUUACUCAAAUCACGCUUCGCAUUCCUUUGGAAAGGAGUGACACUUUUGGCUCCAGACAGGAGCGUUGGCAACAGGAGUUUGAUUUCAAUCCAGCUAGCAGCAAUGGUCGUGGGAAUUGUAUUUGCAUGUUUGGCGUGCUACGUUGCCUAUUUCAUCAUUUGGAUUGCUCUAAGGACCAAAAGAAACCUUCCUCCGGGUCCGUUACCAUUACCUCUGAUAGUAAACCUUCAUCUCCUAUCCAGCAAACCUCACUUGGAUCUUGCACGACUCGGAAACAUCUACGGCCCCAUCUACACACUAAACAUGGGCUCACAGUUAGCGGUAGUAUUGAACAGCUACGAAAUUGCAAAGGAAGCGCUGAUGAAGCGAGGAAACGCAUUUGCUGGCCGACCGCAUCACUUUGUCGGUAGUAAGUUCUCGCGAGACGGUAAAGGCGUCGGGUUUCAGAAUUACACUCCCACCUUACGACGCCAGCAGAAAACUAUCAUGAAAACAGUGAAGUAUUUCGAAACCCUGAAGACAGGAGAGAACUUACAGGAGAUCAUCACAAAGGAAGUCGAUUAUCUUUGUGAUCUGUUUGUCAGUCAUGGCUGCAAAGAUUUCGAUCCUCGUCGCGACAUGACUUUUGCUGCAGGGAAUGUCGUCGGCAGAAUUACGUUCGGUGAGCGGUUUACAGUGGAGAAUGAAGAAUUUUGGCAACUUAUGGACUCGCUGAAAAUAUUUGUUGAAGGUUUAACUGCGACUAGCUUUAUUGAUGCAUUCCCUCUCUUGAGAUAUUUUCCCUUCAGUUUGGUCAAGCGCGUGCAAACGGCGGUAAAACUGAGAGACGAUGUUUUAAACAAAAGGUUUCAAGAGCACCAAGACAGGCUUCGAGGCGAUGGCAUGGUGCUGGCAAAAAGCAAAGACCUGACGUAUGCACUGAUCGAAGAGGCCAAUCAGAAAACUAGCAGAACGGAUAGCCAAUCAGAUACGUUGAUACUGACGGAUGAUCACGUGAUGAUGACCAUGAACGACACAAUAAUGGCCGGAAGUGAAACGCCCACGAUGCUGCUGCUUUGGAACAUCUACUUUUUCGUGAAAUACCCGGAUGUUCAAGCGCGUGCAUUCAAACAAAUUGAUAAAGUCAUAAGCCCGGAUCAACCAAUAACAUGGGAGGAUAGAAAAAGAUUGCCAUACUUGGAGGCUUUCAUUGCUGAGGUGAUGCGCAUCAUUUCAAUUAUGCCCCUAGCGGUCCCUCAUCUCGCCAUGGUAGACAUGGUCCUCGCAGGGUACCAUAUUUCCAAGGGCACUACUGUUAUAGUCAACUUAUGGGCCAUGGGCCAUGAUCCCAAGGUCUGGGACGCCCCCAUGGAGUUCCGUCCCGAAAGGUUCCUUGACUCGCGUGGUGGUUUCAGCACGGCCAGCACUGAGGGGUUCACUCCAUACGGCAUGGGGCUGCGCUCUUGUCCCGGAGAGCAACUUGCCCGGAUGGAACUUUUCCUGUUCACGGUUCGGCUUCUGCGCAUGUUCGAGUUCCGUGCAAGUGAGGCUUUACCCGAAAUGCUCGAUGCCGAGUUUGGAAUCACGAUCAGACCCUUGCCCUUUAAAAUCCGCGCCAUCAAAAGACAUCAAGGGAUUGAUACCACUUAAAAGGAAGUAAACUUAUGGUAGGUAGGAGGUCUACAAGGUCUAUCAGAAGAAUGGUACCACAGCGAAAAUAAAAAAGCAAUGCAAUUUCGAUCCCAGGGUUAUCUGGGUAAUUUUUUUUAAUAUGGCAUCACUUUACUUCACCUUUAUUGAUGCAACCUUGAAAAUUCAUAAUAUAAUGCACAGCACAGCUAACAAGCUUAAAUAGGUAAGGAAUACAUAUAUACGAAGAUAGAAAAAAAAACAAGACUUCAGGGGUCCAAAGGGGAUAUAGCCAUGUGUUGUGAGGGUGGUAGGGCCACACGAUAAAAAGCAUCAGGACUAAAAAUAAUAAAUAUAUUUAAUACAAAAUACUAUCUACCGCACACUAGUAGAGUGAUUUUCAAAACAAAACAAAAUUUAGUUGUUAAAAUGUAAUAGUCAAGCCAGAAAUCAAAGGCUUUACCGUGUAUUAGUACUAAAUAAACUAAAUAGUAUUUCACGGGUUUUUGACAACCACUCUUAUCAUAAGUAUAUAUACAAUAAUAUACAUAAUAGUAUGAUAGGUAUGUUAUAUUAAAUAAAUAAACAAACAAAAAUGCGUCUUGAAGAGAGCGACGAGGAAAGUGACGAUCAAGAGUCUUCAAAUCAGGGUCUGGGUGGGGUUAACCGACUAGCGAAAAACGGCUUAAAAAGUAACUGACUACCGACAAAAUAU